GACAAGUCGUCAGAAGAAGUCGCCGGCGCCAGACAGAAAAGACCGAUGGCUGCGGUCUUUCAGCGGCAACUAUAUUAGAAACUGUUUUAAUUCUAUUGCAGCUUGAGUGGAGUAGUGCUAUGUCUUCGGGAAUGACUGGACAAACACCGUGCCUAACCAGCCGUUGGGAUCAGCCAGCCCAGCCUAAACAGAGUGUAGAUGUACGGCAGCAGAGGAGUAGUGAAAAUGCAGCACACCCUGUCUCUUUAUCAGGAGUUGUCAGCACUGCUGGGCCUAACAGUACUGGUUCCCGGCCACAAGAAACAGGAGAAAAGUCAGCAGCACCUCAGGGAGGAGGGGUUGAGAUGGCCGCAGCGAUGGCUGCUAAAAUUAAUGCCAUGUUAAUGGCAAAAGGAAAACUGUUGACUCCUCCACCGUUACUUGCUAAGACUCCUCCAGUUGUGCCUGUGCUGGCUGCUACAGAAGAGAUGGUGGUCACGGAGGUUGACAUAAAUGAUGUACCACUAAAUUGCCGGGAUCUUCUUACUAAAGGCAAAACACAGGAGGAGAUCCGACAGACUAGUGGUGCCGUCGUCUCAACAAAAGGCCAUUACAUGACUGACGUUGAAAAGGAAAGAGGAGGACAAAGACCUUUGUAUUUGCAUGUCCAGGGAAAGACCCAAGAGCAGGUCAAUAAGGCUGUGAUGAGGAUAAAGGAGAUCAUCUCUGAGGAUGUGCUGAGGGCCUCAGCAGCAUCAGGAGGACAACAUGUGCCUGUAAUGCCACCACUCACACUCUACCCCCAGCCUCCUCGACCCGUCAUUCCCACUCCGGUGCCACGGAUGCCCAACGCCAACCCAGUGCCAGGCCAGGGACAUCGACCUGCAGCUCCUCAUACAGGGAGUUUUGUGCACACAAAGAUUUUCGUGGGUCUGGACCAGGCGCUGCCUGGAUUCAACGUAAAUGAAAAAGUCGAGGGUCCAGGAGGUUCGUACCUGAGCCACAUCCAGACAGAGACGGGGGCUCGAGUCUUCCUCAGGGGAAAAGGUUCUGGCUACAUAGAGCAAGCAUCAAAACGAGAGUCUUUUGAACCGCUCUAUGUCUACAUCAGCCACCCAAACGCAGCUGGACUGGAGUCGGCGAAGAAACUCACUGAGAGUCUGCUGGAAACUGCGAGAGCUGAACAUGCCCGACUGGUGUCGACGUACACAGCCACAGGCUCAACACAACCAUACGCAGCGCAUGGAUUUCCACCUAAUAGCAAUUACUCUAACCAGGGGUCCUGGUAUAACUACCCAGCAAAUGGGUAUGCUGGCGGCUAUUCAGCGUACCCAGGAGCCGGUGGUUAUUGGAGUAAUGCAAAUGGUCCCCCAAGUCAUUCUAACAUGUCGACAAACCCUCCAUCUUCUCAGGCAAUGGUUCAGUAUCCGGUGUGUCCUAGGAAACCGCAUCCCUAUCUUGUCCAGGAUCCAGGCAGCAGUGCGAGCGUGGAGCCUGAUGGAUCUUUAAACAGCCCCUCUGACUCAGGAAGUCCCAAGCGUCAUUUCCAUGAGGGGGCUAAGGACGAACAGCCGACCAGCAGCUCGCCAGAGGGUCCUGCUCAUCGGGAGUCCACUCCUCCUCCGUCCAGCGUCGGAGAGGAGAAAGUAGUCGAAAGGAUUCUGAUGCCUCCACCGCCGCCUCCCUUCGUGGCUCCUGCCCCUGUUGCACGCAAAAGGCCGAGGGAUGCAGUGACGGACGAUCCAGCUCCUCUGUCCAGCAGCGUCGCAUCAAUGGAUGUUCAAGAGGAGGUGUGGGAGAAGAAGCCUAAAGUGGAUGAAGAUUCAUCAGGACUAGUGCCGUAUGGAGGAGAUUCCUCCGAUGAUGAUGAUGAUGAUGAUGAUGAAGAGGAGGAGACACACAGCAGUAAGACAGAUAACUCAUAACCUCUGCCCUGCCCCAUCCCCACUGUCCAGGAUACUCACAGACCCAAAGUCUACAUCCAGUAUAUCGAGACACUUCUCAAACUUAAACCACAUAGAAGGAAAAGUCCACCCUCAUAUUACCAUACAGUUUUGCCAUGUUUUAUGCUAUUUACUACAAAAAAACCAAAUAUAUUUUGACUGAUAUGCUUCCAAAUGAAAUGUAUUUUUCUUUCUUCCAAGCUGAUAUGAUUUUUUUAUCCAUCUCUAUAAGGCUCUUUGGGUCACUUCUUUGAAAUCUCUGGUAAUACUUCAAGUACUGAAAUCCAUUUGAAUGCUUCAAAGACAGCAAAGAUACAAAAAAGUGCAGGUUCAUAGUCUUAAAGUACAUGAUUGAUAAGCAGUCUGACCAUGCAAGAAAUACUGUGACCAGGUUUUGUAGCUUCAUUGGACUCUUAAGAAAAAUAUGCUUUUGUUUUCUUGUCUCUUUUGUAGUUUUUGCUUUAUAUGACUAUGUUUAAGUUAGUUUUUUUUUUUAAUGCGUCUCCCAGAAAACCUUUCUUUAAUCCCCGACACGAGAUGUGUGUUGGUUUUAGUUAAAGGUGAGCUCAUUUAAAUUUGUUCCUACCCCUUUAUUAAAUGUAAAUAUAGAAAUAUAGAUGCCAACUGCUUCAGUGCUGUUGUGCUUUUUUGUUUGUAGUCACAUGACUUAAAAUGCCACACUUCUUGAGGCAAUGUGUCAUUUGGAAAUUCUAAAAAAUUCUUUUCUGCAAUGUUGAUCUCUCUGAUAUUAUUUCUGUUUUGUUUGUUUUUUUAAUUUAUUUACUCUAGAAUCUAAAGUGUGCACUUCCCAAUAUUAGAAAUAAUAUCUGUUAACAAUAACAUUCACCCAAACGGAUCCAGAAAAGUAAAGCACAUCAUCAGUAGCCACUUUGAACAGUGUGGGAGUAUUCAGGGUGGACUUUUCCUUUUUAAACAUGUGAAUACGACUGUAUAAUAACUACAAAUUAAUUUUGUUUUUCUUGAAAUACUUUUAUUUCUUUUUUUUUCAAUGCAGUUUUUGUUAAUCGAAAUCACGCCCCUUAUUUCCCCUUUUGAACACCAACACCUGGACUGCUGCAGUUUAAAUACAUAUUGUACAAUUCAGUGAAACCUUUUCUUAUCUUGGAAAAUGGUGUAUGCCUGUUCCCAUGGAAUACUAUAAUAAAAACAACUGAAAUUAA